AUGGCACUCGUGGCAGUGCCGAGACUGGGGGCAGGACCCGGCUCUCCGCCAAUGAGUUUCAGGGAGACGUUCGACGACGAUGGAGCGCCACGGGGCUCCCCAACCCAAGAGCGAUAUGUGCAGCAAAAACUACCAUUGCGCUUCAGGUAUUUCUGGCCUGGCGCAGCAUCUGCCCUGUUCGCUGCCGUCAGCCUCAUAUUGGUAAUAUUCGCCAUCAUUCCAGGACAUAGUCCCGGCUAUAUGGAAGACUACCAUGUAGUCUACUUCAACACCUCCACACUGGGCAAGAGCCUCCUGAACGAUACGAGCUUAAAGGUCCGGUCGGCAGCCAUGCCACAGAUCACGGAGCCCCCGAACCUGCUGAGGCGAUACCACGCUGCCCCGGCUAAGCGCUUCGGCGUCAGUGACCUCACGUCCGACAUCGGAAAGGGGGCGGGCGCUGCCACGUCCGCGGCGGCUGAGGCUGCCACUGCUGCCGGCUCCGUCGCCACCGAGGCCGCGUCUGUUGUGGAGAGUGCCGCCAGUGCCGCCACGAGCGGGCUUGCGCAUCUGGUAGAUGAGGCCAAGGAGGAGCUCGAGAAGAUCGAGGAUGAUCUGGCGGACGAGCUGUACUCAAAGCUCAACAUCCAGCAGUGGUACUCGGUCCACCUGCUCGACCUGUGCUAUGGCAACUUCACCCCCAACGCGACCUCCGCCGGCGCCUCGUUCAACACCACGAACUGCACGACGCCCGCCGAUUAUACCAAAAUCCUAAACUUCUCGUCCAUACUCAACCAGAGCCUCAGCGUCGGGCCCUACCAGCUUGACCUGAGCGACAUCGGCCUCGUCCAGGAUGCGGUCGACGGCAUCAACGACGCUAUGAAGGUCCUUGCCGACUGCCUUCGGGCCAUCCUCGCCAUGUACAUCAUCUCGGCGUUUUUCGGGCUGCUCUCGGUAGGCUUCUCCAUCUGGUCGAUCUUUGCCAUCAAAAUCACAGGCGAGAUGUCCCACCGGACGAAGCAGCUCGCCAUCUACGGCAACUUGGGCUUCGCCUUCGCCUCGUGCCUCUUCCUCUUUAUUGGCAGCCUGGUCACCACUCUCGGCGGCAAGAAGGUCGUCGAGGAGGUCCGCGCCCACGGUGCCGCGUACGGCCUAGCUGCGUAUCGGGGCGGCGGGUUUCUGGCGCUGUCGUGGGCUGCCUUUGCGCUCAUCGUCAUUGUCACGGCCUUCUGGACGUUUGCCUGGGCGGAUGCCAUCAGGAGCAGAAGGAGGACGCGGAAGGCCACAGCCAGGGCGCAGGAGAAGCUCGGGUACUGA